AUGUGGCGGUCGACGGCGAAAACGUCCAACAAAAAUUUGGGGCCCGUGGUCAACCCGGGGCUUGGCGGCAACCACGGCUGCGGUGGACCUUUCCCAGGUUAUGGGGGCGGUGCUUCACGGGGCCAGUUUUCCUCGAGCCCGACGGCUGGCAGCGCCACCUCCGGCCAAUAUUACCGCUUUCUCCUUCUAUUGGAGGAGGCCACCCUUCACGGCGGCGAGGUGGGAAACGCCCAACUGGCGCCCUCGAUUGCCUGUCGCUGUUUCGUGGUGGCAAACUUCCACCAGGCUGCAGACGUCCUCAAAUUAGCCUGCACGCACCUCACAUGCGUUCACGAUCUCCCAGGCCUCGACGCGUUAUGGGCGGGCCAGUGCGAGGGCAACCGCAUUGCUGACCACGCGGUGGACUCGUUCGGCGCCCACGAUGUGCACCCUCAUGCACACGUCGCUUCCGCAAUACCACCUUGCGUUUCAAACGCGGCCGCCUCUUUCUAUCAAGGGCUUUCCGCGCCAAUAUUCGUCUCCGGGAUAGGGAGGUCCCGGACUUCACCACCGUGGAAGACAUGGCCGUCGCUCUAA